UCAUCCCUCGUCACCUCAACAUAUCUCCAACUCCAGAGUUGCAGCUCCACCGCCACCACCUAAAAUAAGAAAGUAUGUGUAGGUCCCCUCUCUCCUUCCCCAAUCUACCAGAGAGCCUCUAUCUUAGUUUGAGGUUUCAACAAGCAGGACACGUAAGACCAGAUCCACUAGAUUCCUCCACCCAGAUAACACCAUUCACCCUCAUAAACCAAAUUCAUUCACUUCUGAUAUCCAACCCAACCAAACCAAACCAGCAUGGCAACUAUCUUUUGAUGAGGAGAAUGAAGCAUCUGAACAACCUAGAGACAAAGGCAAGCGAGUUGUUGGAAAGGAACAACACUCGCACCAAUUAUGAAUCACCUAUCUUGGAACUGUCAAGCCAUUAACAACUCUUUGACAUUUCAAAAACUAUGUGAGUAUACAUGUACUAUCCAACCUUCUUUACUGUUUUUAGCAGAAACUCUAGAUAGUAGUGUAACUCUGCAUAAUCUUUGUUCUUAUUUAGUUAUCAUGAUUGCUUUGUUAUCCCAUGUAAAGGAAGAAAGGAGGGCUAUGCCUGAUGUGGCAAGCACAUGAAAAUCCAAGUCAUUGUGGCAAAUCAAAAUAUCAUCCAUAUUUAUGUCUUGUCUGAUUUUACACAUAACCCUUGGAUAUUCACUGAUAUAUAUGGUCCUCCUAAUCAACCGGUAAUGAAGGAAUUUUGGUCUAAUUUUGACAACUUAAUUCCUUCACAUGAUCUUCCGUGGAUGUUAAUGGGAGAUUUCAACGACAUCACUUGCCAAGAGGAAAACAAGUCACUUCGGCCCAAACCCAACACUUCAUCAACAUGAUCAACAUAGAUGGGCUUAUUGAUCACAAGGGCAAAGCAAUGGUUCCGGAAGUCUCUAUUUCUAAUAACACCACCUGGUCUAUUCCUUUCAUCUUCAUUCCUAGUUGCACUGAAGUCCCCUGCAAGACACCAGUGACCAAUCCACCAUCUUCGAAGGUCAUGUAUUUCCUCCGAGAAUGGUGCUCUCGCAUUUCUAGUUGCGUUGAAGUCCCCCUGCAAGAUAGUUGUAUAUAUUGACAUUUUGCAAAAGCCGGCAAAAACGUUUUCGGGGUGUGGUUGGUUCCCACGUCAAUCAAAAAUGUUAAAGAUCUUCGAUCGAACAUGGGGAAAUGGAUUAUAUCACAACUCACUAUCCGGUAAUAUUUAAACUCAUGAUUUUUGUUUGUUAAUUUUUGGUCAAGGGUUAAUCUAUUACAAGUGAUCUCCAAAUCCUUUCCUCCAAUUUAGAAGUUUGUCUCUUUGCAUUGAUUAUGGUCUUUCGGAAGAGUGGAGUCAAGAAGUUCUUUAUCUAAGAUGUAACGAGGAAGGAGUUGCAACUUGUAAUGCUAUAAUAACCAAAUAGUCUUACAUCUUACGUUAAUGCUUGUGCGAGUCCACUUGUAGCUAAAUUUUCACGGCUUCCCAUGUUAUUGACCGGUGGGAAAAUGUCGUCACAUCUCAUCACGGUAUACCUUAGGGGGAUAAAUUAUAGGUUUUCUAAAUUAUUCAUAGUUUUCACUUUACAUAAAGUUAGCUCAACCAGAAUUUACAAACCCAAUCUUUCUUCUAGGAAAGUUUCAAGAAUUUAAGUUAGUUACAAACUUCACAAUAAUACACUUGUCAAGUAUCAAUCAUCAAAAUGUAUCCUCCCAUCAAUUCCAUGCAUAUAUUUAUAUUAUUGCGAGAAAAUAAGGGUUGGAGAAGUAUGAAUAGUCCUAAUUUUUCAGAAGACAGGAAAGAAGGAUAAGUGGCUAUCAAAGUCGUUUUAGUUGUUAUUUUGACUUCUGUUUUUGGUUCUUGUUCAUUUUUGAGAUGGUAGAGAAAAUUAAAGUAAUGGUAUAAUUAGGUCUUAAAACAGGAAAUCAUGUGGAACAGGGGAUUCCGGGCGACGAAAUCAUGAACUUUAUUCCAUUUUUCCAGCAUUAUAGAUAAAAGGAAAGGCCGAGAUGUGCUGAUUUUGUUAAUAACACUAACACACGUCAUUUGGUGUUCUAGUGAGGGCAUUUUUAGUAAUAAUUAGGGUCUUAGAUAUUUUUUAAUAGAAAGGAUUUGAGAACAUUGUUCUGUUGUAAAUUGAAACUUACUUUUUCUAAGCCCUAUGAUUUUGUCUUUGGGUACACCUUGUACAUAUUUUUGCUCUUUUCUUUCUUAUAAAAAGAAGAAACCAAAAGAUCGCCACAAGAACUAUAAAAUUUAACUGUAUCAUUGGCAAGUGUCACGAUUUUCAUAUAAAAUCUGAGGUACACCUAAAAUCACUCUAGAUAAAUUCAACACCAAAAAAUGAAGGAGAUAAAUGAGCUUUUGCACCUAUUAUCGGGUGGGAAAUAAGCGGCCUUGGAGUAGAAACGAAAACAUGGGCUGAUAUCACAAAUAUUUCUGCUGGUUAUCUAGAUCGGUUUGGGAUAAUUAUCUUGGACUACAUCCUUAACUCUUCAAGGAGAUAAUUCUGGCAAUUACGAGAUUUGAACUCCUAUCUCCUAGUAGGGAGAGAGCAUGCCAACCAGCAAACCGCCGGACUGUUGACCAUCUAAUAAUUAGCCUAGCUCAUUGAAGGUCUCAAGUUCAAGUCCGUCCAUAUCACAAAAAAAGAAUUGCAAAUACAUAUCAACGGUUGAUACCUGUGGGCCAGAUCUUGGUCAUAAGUCCAGCACCAACUUUACAAACAAAAGAAGAACCAGGUCGCUCCUACCUAGAUUAUUACGGUUGCAAACCAUCUGAUAAUCUGUCCUUAUUCUCCAAAUUAGGGCUUCUCUCAGCUUCCAUCUUACUAAACAUGAUGAUUCAAUUUCUUCUUCAUUAGUUUUGCACAAUCAUUUUCAGCUUUCCUCUAUACAGGUAUUAUGUUUUGUAAUUGUUAGUUCAUAGGCAACAUUUUCAGGUUUUAAAUUUGAUUUUCUAUAAAUGGAGGAUGGAAAUGGGAUUGAGUUAAGCUUAGGACUACCUUGUGGUGGUGGUGGUGGAUCAGUUGAUAAAGAAAAGAACAGCAAAGAUGGUGGUAAUUCCGUGGAUAAUGAUGUCAAGAAAGAAAUUAUUGAAAUUGACGAAUCAGAUAAUGAAUCCAAAGAUUCCAAACCAAAUGAUGUGACUGAUGAUUCUGUGAAAGAGAAAGAGGUGCCGGAGAACUUUUUUACAAAUCUUGGGGGGAAGCCGGAGUCUUCUGUUGGGGAUACUGAGGUAUCGACGGAGAGAAAUGAUGCGAAAUUUAUCAAGUAUGAAGGACUUUGGGGUGGAAAUGAUAAUAAGUUGAAAGGAGUUGCUGAGGAAGAGAAAGCUGAUUGUGUUGAGAUGGAACAGAAAUCGUGGUUAGAGGCUAGUAAUGGUAAAAGGAAAUUGGCGUUCGAGGAGAUAAAUUGCUUGAAGAAGCAUGAGAGUGAAGUUCAACAUGUUGAGACGCCUGCUAUUGUCGAGAGACCUCCUCAGGGUUCUUCAGAAAUUUUAACAGAUGAAAGAAAGACAGUUGAGUUGGCGCAAGGUGGUAAACAGCCUAUUGUAGUAGAAGAAGGCGGUUCAUCUUCCUCUUCUCAAGCACGACAUGAUGUGAAUGAAAAUGGUGCGAGUGUGAGGGCCAAUGCAGCAUCUCAACCGGGGGUGGAAGGUUUCCCUCCCGAAGGUUCGGCUAUAAGACCAGGUAUUGCUCCAGGUUUGAGAUUUGGUGGAUCUGGAUCCCACCCUAAUUUACCAUGGGUGUCCACUACGGGUCCUGGACCAAAUGGCAAAACUAUCUCUGGGGUUGCCUACAGGUAUGACAAAAAUCAAGUGAAGAUUGUUUGUGCUUGUCAUGGAUCCCAUAUGUCCUCUGGGGAUUUUAUUCAACACGCACGUGGAGAUCAGUCUAACCAUGAAUUCAACACAGAUCGAUUGUCUUAUUCGACUGGCAAUCCUGCAGCCUCGACUAAAAGUUAAUGUGCUCUUCAGUACUGGGCACCCAUACAAGUAAAUUUAUUGACAUAGUUUGCCACAGGAAUAUCGUCGAAACGAAGAAAAUGUGCAACGUGUAGUUUCAUGGUUGGAUUUGUAAUCUCUGUCAGUUGUUGUAUUCGUAAUUCUUAUUAUAUAUGUUCAUUGAUUUAUGUUCUCUGAUCAAUUCUUUGAGCAGCAAAUGGUUUAAUUCUGUUUGAAUAAGAAAUUUAUAGUUUGCAUAA